AGCAACGCCAAUUGUCAGCUUUAGAGAAGACUGUGAUGCGCGAAGGCUCUGUUGAUGUUCAAGCAUUCUAUAAAAGAGCAGUUCAACAUGUAUGGACAAGUCUUCAGUUACAGGAGGCAGAAGACAUCCUGAAGGAGGGUGAUACAGCCAUGGUGAGGCAACUAGUUGCUCAUAUUACCAAAGAUGAUAUCAAGAUACUAAAGCAGUAUCUGGAGACUCAGAAUAAUAUCCUUCAGGUUGAUGAAUUCCUGACAAAUGCAUUAGUAUUAGAGAAACCACCGCUUGUGGAGCCACGUAAUGUUAUUGCCUUCUCUCUGGAGUGGAUUACAUCUGUCUUUGAAGUUGGGAAAAAUGUUGAAGUGUGGUUGUACUCUUUGUGUGCCUUAUUUAUUCUUCUGGCAAUAUGGGCUGUGUUCUUAUUUAUUCGAGACAUCCAACGAGAGCUGCGUUGGACACGAGUGAUUGGGAUGAUGAUCGUCAUCAUUUUCUUCAUCUGCUGCCUGUGGCAUUGGCGUCACAUGCACAAGGUAGCCGAGUCUCGUCGCCAUGCUCAGAUGGCUAAGCGAGGUUAUUCAAAUAUCCCAGAAGAAUGCAAGCCAGGUGGAAAAAGCACAACAGGCAGUGUUUGGAGUUGGGUUAAAGUAUCAGUGUUUGGGGCACCAGAUGUGUGUGAACAAUAUUUUGAAGACUUGAUGGUAGACCCCACACAGGAAAUCACUCCAGGAAUGGUGAUUGCAGAAACUUUAAGCAAGUUUUGUUUUCAACCACUUCAGCACCUUGGCUCAGAGAGUGCAAAGUUUAUUAAUAACUUUUAUAGUAACAUCCCUGUUGUAUAUCACAUCCCAGCCACUGCAUUCUUUUUGUUACUGUUGAUCAUCAUCCUUUUUGCCAUGUGUGGGUAUGGAAUUGACUUUCCCCUGUGGAUGGGAGGAAUCCGUCCAAUCUACAGAACAGAGACUGUGGAUACUUCAGAACUUGAUAAAAUAAGGAGAGAGAUGCAGAAAGACACAGAACUAUUGAUGAGUGAGGCACGUUUGAUGCUGACUGACAUGGCAAAAGCUGCAUCAUCUACACAGGGUGUAACACAGCCCCUCCUUGUGAUGUCAUCUGGGAUCAUUGAAACAAAACUUGAGCACCUGAUUUCACAGCAUUUCUCAAGCAUCCUCUCUAGUCAAGAGAAAUCCGCUAACACCUUAGCAGUAACAUCACCAAUACAAGGUGAAGCAUCUCUUAAUAACUCAGGCAUUUAUAAUGUAACAUCAACACCUAUUGGAAGGAAUCCAGACUCCAAAGAAAUGGACAGGAAUACUGAAAUCAAAUCAGAUAAUGAAAUAAAGUUGACCAGGCAACCCCAAGAUGCAAAAGAUCAGACUGAUGCUGACCACUGGCACUUGCAAGGAGCCAGACCAAAGGAUUUUACUCCAAAGGAGAAAAGAGCAUCCAAUAUUUCAAGACUAUUCUUUGAUGAAUCGAGUUCGGAUAGACAGAAGAAUGUAACAGAAAAAGAAAAUAUCUCUUUGAACACUAGCAGAGAAGCAAAUGUGAGGCCAGCUUCCAGUCUUUCCAGGAGUCUCAAUAAUAGUCAAAUGUUUAAUCAAUCUAGAGACUAUAGUGGCUUGGAUGACAACUCUUUUGAGACUUCAGAUGAAGUUGAUAACACCAGUGCAAGGAGUGGAAGUUUCCUAGACCAGGUCAAGAAGAUAUUGGAGGAGUCUGUGAACUCUAAUGCCAAUGAUAGCAUUCCAAUGACCAGCUUGAAUGCUUCCCGUAGUGGCACCAGGGAGUCUCCAGAACCAGAGGAAGAGCAUGAAAUGGAGCUGAGUUCAUCAAAUGGGAAGUUUCUCAGCCAGAUAAAGAGAAUUAUGACACCAUAACAAUACCUUUCACACUUUCUACUUAAAAGUUUGUAAUGUGUGUGUGCAUAGGUUUGUGCAGAUCUAUAAGACUGAAAGAAAGGGUAUUUACCGGAUUUUUUUAGAUUUAUUUUAUUACCAGUUAACCAAAGUACUGAGUGUGAAUUGAUUUUUUUUUUUUUUUUUAUGUGAUGCAGUGUAUAUAUAUGUAUGUAUAUAUGAUCUAUGAUUAAAAUGUUUGUAUAUUUUUCUUGAAAUUUUGUUAAAAAAUAUUUUCGUUGAUGGAGAUGCAUAUAUGUGUAUAUAUAUACAUACAUACAUAUAUAUAUAUAUAUACAUACACAUACACAUACACACACACACACAUACACACACACACACACACACACACACACACACACACACACACACACACACACACACACACACACACACACACACACACACACACACACACACACACACACACACACACACAUACUUAGAAUUGUUCAAAAAUAAAAUACACACUUAGAAUUGUUCAAGAAUGGAUUGAGUAUAAUUGUUUGUAAAACUAUUGCUUUAAUCACGAGUUCACUCUUCAUUCAGAUUAUGCAUUUAUUUUCUAAAAUUAUUCUUGGAAUAAAAUGGAUUUGAUAUCA